UCAAGACUGUCCAUAAUUUUAGAGGGUGCCUCAAGACUGUCCAUAAUUUUGAAGGGUGCCUCGGGACUGUCCAUAAUUUUGAAGGGUGCCUCAGGACUGUCCAUAAUUUUAGAGGGUGCCUCAAGACUGUCCAUAAUUUUAGAGGGGUGCCUCAAGACUGUCCAUAAUUUUGAAGGGUGCCUCGGGACUGUCCAUAAUUUUGAAGGGUGCCUCAGGACUGUCCAUAAUUUUAGAGGGUGCCUCAAGACUGUCCAUAAUUUUAGAGGGUGCCUCAAGACUGUCCAUAAUUUUGAAGGGUGCCUCGGGACUGUCCAUAAUUUUGAAGGGUGCCUCGGGACUGUCCGUACUUUUAGAGGGUGCCUGGGGACUGUCUGUAAUUUUAAAGGGUGCCUCGGGACUGUCCAUAAUUUUAAAGGGUGCCUCGGGACUGUCCAUAAUUUUAAAGGGUGCCACGGGACUGUCCAU